CCGCGUUACACCACUCUUCCUAAACCCAACGAUUUCAUGAGCACUCUCGUCGAAACAGCGCGGUCGCGCAAUGUGGAUCCAUUUGCCGACCCUAACGCAGACUCUCCACCCGUUCCCCCCAAGAAAUCAUCCAGAGACAAACCAGAUAUCGUCGAGGAAGUACGAGACACAGUCCAUGUCCGUGGUUCUGCCAAUCGAAUGGGACGGAGCCAAACGAAUGGUCCAGCACCCUCUAGUCGCACUACUCCACAAGUAGCUCCCCGCUCAGUUUCUCAUGAUUCCGCACCAACAGAGAAGAAAAAGUCAAGCAAGAAGGGCUCCAAGCAUGCCGAUGUCAUCGAUAGACUGGACUACAGUGGUGUUGGACCGAUGUUCCACCACGACGGCCCCUUUGAUGCAUGUGCUCCGUCCCGUAACCGCCAGAAGAAUCGUGCGCCAAUGAUGGCUUGGAGUGGUCGCCCCGAAGACAUGCCUAAAGAAUACGCAGAUGACGGACCAUACCCCACAUCCCCACCUGCCCUAACUGACUACGAGCCAUCCAGGAAGAAAGUGGAUGCUAUCGCUGAGGCCUGGGGUAUUCACGAGCCAGAGCCUUAUGAAGAAUUUUUUGCUGGCGGCGGCGGCGGAACUACUGGUAACACUCCCGCCAGCUCAAUCUACAACGGCAAGGAGUCGUCUCGCAAAACUCCUGAUAGACCACGUGCUCAUGCUCGACGCUCCCAACUGCCUCCCCCGAUGCCCAUCUUCGUUCCAGACAGUCUUUCGGAUGAUAAUUCAGCCCUUCCAGACAGUCCCGGCUCACCCGGCAACAACGGCAACGUUCCGAAGCGGAACAAAUCAAUCAUGCAGCGCAUCCGAAAAAUGCGUGAUGCCCCCAAUGUCCCUGUCAACGACGAAGAACCUCCUGCAGAAACAAGCGGCGAGCGUCCAACCCAUCGCUCUCAAGGCUCAUUUCUCGGUCGCGUGAAGGGGCGUGGAGGCAAUCCUGUCUCUCCUACUUCAGAAACAUCUGAAGCCUAUGUUUUCAUCGAGCCUAGACCAGGUGCCAAAGAUUUACCUGUUACUCCUGGCAGUGCCCCCGCCACCAGCCCAGGAGAGCAUGGAAGCCCAAACGGUUACUUCGACGAGGGUGAAAGCCCUCCCUCCAAUGGCCUUGGUCGAAAGACGAGCUUGAUGAAGAAGGUGGGACGAGUUGUCCGAGGCACGAGGUAA